UCGUCGUUUGGACGCUUCACGAGAUUGUAUUAUAUAAAACGCCAGAGUAACGCAGAUUGAGGAAGCCAUGCAAGAUCCUUAGACCAACCGUUUAUCACCGGUUAUGGCAAAAAUGAGAGAUCUCAGAGAGGAAAUAAGGGAAGUUCAGAGAGACAGGGAGUUUAAUCUCAGAUGCAAGAUAUCAUCAUCACAGUAUCAGAUACUGGAGUGUGUUCGGGCGAAAAAUGUGGACAGGCUAAAGUCGAUCAUUAACAGGGGAGAAAGUCCAAACUUCAGGACUGAUUCUGGAGACACACCACUGCAUAUCGUGGCUUCUAUGGGGUGCAGUAAAGCUUCCAUGGAGAUUUUGCGGACACUAGUGUACAUGGAUAUGCCUCUGGAUGUCUCUGACAGAUUUGGACAGACUCCUCUCCACAUUGCAUCAGAGAGAAGCUUAGAAAUGCUCACAGUAUUGUUAGAAGCAGGAGCAUCAGUGAAUCUUGAAGACAAUGCAGGAAGAACACCUUUGAUGCAUGCUUGUUCCAGUUCCUGUGAGGAGGUCCUCUCCAUCGUCCACUGUUUGUUAGACAGAGGUGCCAAUAUCUUUCUGCAGGACCAGGAUGGACAUACAGCUUUGCAUUGCCUGUGUUUAUCAAGACAGAACAUGGCAGCCAGAACAGAAAUAGCCUACAAAUUGCUGUACGCUGGUUUGUCAGCCACAGUCCCUGAUAAAUUAGGGAAGAUGGCACUAUGUCAUGAGUUAUCAUCAGCCCUGAAACCAAGAUUCAAGAACCCCAAAGCCCAAAAAACAACGUUACUUAUCAGGACUCUAGUCAAAGCAGGCUCAAACUUCAACCCCCGGAGCAACCAGCAUAGAGGAUUUAUAAAACACAUGUUGAAUCUCUACUGUGACUCUUAUCACCUUCAUAUUCUGAAUGAAUUUGAACCAGUUCUCUCCCUUACCUCAGUACAAAAACUUCUAACUUUAGUCCCAAAAGAUGACGAAAACUAUCAACAACUAGUCAUGUCCCUUAGGAGAAUCUUGCAUAAAAUGCAGACUCUGAAAGUCAUAUGUAGAAAUGCGGUAAGGACAGAGCUGAAAGGGAAGGUGUUGAUCAAGGUGGAUUGUCUGCCCUUGCCCAGGACUUUAAAGCAAUACGUGCUAUUGGAUGAUGAAUGAAAUAGUACAGGAUUGUGGAGUAGUUGUGGUAUUCUGGUUUUAUUUUAUAACGAAAUAAAUUGAUAAAAUUGAU